UUAUGUCCAAAAAUGGAUAUUUAUUAAACUCCGUCAUUAUCCUACCGCCCCCACCGACCAUUCUUCUCCGUCGUCCUUUCUCCUCCUUUAAUCACGCAUCGAUUCUCCGGCGGUGACCUUCCUUCUCCGUCGUGUUCCUGCGAAUUGCCUUCUCCGAUUGGAAUCGUUGAUUUCCCCCAAUUAAUUCAGGAUUGUAUCUCUCAUCGUUGUGGUGAUGAUCGCGUUUGAUUUGUUGAGGCAGAGGGCUUCUUUGUAUCUGCAUUCUCUAUAGAGUUUUAAUUAAGCGUUUGAGAAUGGCUCAGGGACAGAACAGGAAUGUUCCUCAGAUGGGACAAAUGCAGAAUCCUGUUGCGGUUUCUGCUUCUAAUGUUUCGUCUCAGCCUAAUGGUGUACCUCAAGAUGGUCUCAGGAUACGGCAGGAGAUGUUGAAUAAGAUCUUCGUGUGGUUACAGCAAAGGCAGCCUACAAAGAAUGAUGAUGCCUCCAAGGCAAAGUUAUUUGAGGUUUCAAAGCGGUUAGAAAAUGCAUUGUUAAAAACGGCUUCGUCAAAGGAGGAGUACUUAGAUUUCCAAAGUUUUGAGGUUCGCAUAAAAUCUAUUCUGAAUCAAAUGUUUGGUCAGCACCGUGCUAAUUUUAAUCCUUCAAGCUCGGCCAGUAUGAUGGUUCAAACACCUGGGGUUUCGCAUGGAUGGGGUCAAAAUCAGACUGCCACCCCUAUGGUGAACACUGGCACCUUUAACAGUAAUAGUAACUUAGCAGAUGCAGCAACCGAAACAGGAAGGCUAUUGCCAACUAAUCGCAUGAAUGGAGGUCAAAUGAUUAAUGGUCGCCAGCAAAUAUCUGCUAACACUGGCCAGAUGAUGCCUACUCCUGGAUUUAACAACAGUGUUAACGUUGAUGUAUAUCAGUCUCAACGAAAUGGAGAAACUUCUAGAGAUGGUGGGAAGCUUCCGGCUGUUGGGUCUGAUUUUGGAAACCAAUCUCAGCUUCAGAUGCAACGUCCUGCUGGUUCAGAUGACCGUAUGCAUCAGCAGUUUGGAGGUGGUUUCAGGUCAAAUAUGCACCAGAAUGCGCCUGGGAUGAUCAAUAUUCCUCAAAAUGCUGGUGUAGGGAUGAGUGGGAACAGUGUACACCUUGCUAAUGGGCACAUGGGGUCUGCAGGAGGCCUUAGUUCCACGCAUUUUUCAACUUCGUCCCAACCUUUGCAGCAGCCUGUCGAUCAGUUGCAGCAGGUGUCACAUGUUCACAGAUACUCAAUGAACAACUCUGGUACUUUUGGGUCUGGGAAUCUCUAUGGAUCAUCUGGCUCAAUGGAAGCUUCUGGGGAUAUGAACACAAUGAGUCUGAAUCCUAUGCGGAGAGUUGAUGUUUCCUUUGGUAAUAAUCAGUCGAGUCUGCAAGCAGUGGACAAGACUCCAUUGAUAAAGCAUCAACUACCUCAGCAGUUCGAGAAUGGGAAUUUUCAGUCUUCUUCCAGUUCCAAAGACAAUUUGGCUCAGGUGAGUCAUCAACCAUUAGACAAUCAGUUCAACCAGCCAGCUCAUCAUGGUCAAUACCAGCAACAAGAGCACUUACUGAACAAUGAUGCUUAUCGUCAGCCUCAGCGAUCUUCAAAUAUUGUUAGCCAAGUAAAGCAUGAGCCUCGUCCGGAAUACUAUAACGAAGCUUUUCAGAUGCAGGCUGUAAAUCAAGUAGAACCAUCCAAGUUGCAAAACCAGUACAAACAGAACGCUGUCAAAGAAGACUAUGUUGGUGCGCAGAGUAGUAGCCAGCUAAAUAUUUCUUCAUCUUUCCCAGCGCAAACUCAUCAGACGCAGCAGAUACCUCAAUGGAAAGAUGUGAGUAACCUCUCGGGUGGAGUGCAGCAAGUAUCAAGCCAGGGUCAGUGGCAUUCACCUUCUCAGAACUUGACACAAACAUCCAAAGAUUUUAAUGGAGAGAGAGAACAGUUUGGGGUAAACUCAAGUCAAAUAGUACCUAUUAAGCAUGAACCUACUAUUAGUAGUUCGUCUGUUGCUCUUAGAAGCACCCUGAAGGAGGCUCCACAUCCCCCGGAAGGAAGCAACACCUUGAGUAAACCGCUGAGUGAAGAUAGUGAUCCAAGUUAUAUAAACCAGAGGCGGUGGCUCUUGUUCCUGCUACAUGUUCGCAAAUGCAAAGCGGAGGAUAACUGUGAAAGUAAGUAUUGUUCAACUGCCAAAACGUUGCUGAAACAUAUUGAUUGCUGCAAGGCACCUGCUUGCACAUAUCAAUAUUGUCUUCAAACCCGGAAACUGAUUCAUCAUAAUCAGCACUGCGAGAAUGAAGCAUGCCCAGUCUGUGUUUAUGUCAAAAAAUUCAAGGAGAAACAAAAAGAAAAGAUUGCCCUCCUUCGAAAAGCUGAGUCUUCAAAUCAUAGACGCAAGGAAGCCUUUGAGCCUAUGCGUAUUUCUAAUGAAAGAGACUCUGAAGCUCCUUCUGUUGUUGAUGAUGAUCUGCAACCUUCUCCAAAGCGGGUGAAAGUAGAGAAACCUUCCCAGUUUGCUUACCCUGAGACACAUACCAUCCCAGCGAGAAAAUCUGUUGGUAUGGGUAAAACUCAUUUGUCAAAGGGUUUGCAAGAGAAAUAUAGUCUACAAAGUGAUGUUAGCAAAACUAGUAGACCAGAUGUGCCUAUGAAUGCAGAUAGUUCUGAUUCUUCGAGGAGAAGACUUCCAGUUUCCCGUGAGCUGGAGAAGCCUGUUUUCAAUGAUACCCCCAUGGGAGGAUAUGGUGGAGACUCUUCAUUGGAUGGUGAACAUGUUUGUGUACCAAAGCAAGAAAAAUCAAACUUUAUCAAGGAAGUAACACCCAAAGAAGAGAAAGCGGAACAAUCUGCGGACGUUGUAGCUGCAUCCAGUAGCGGCAAGUCAAAGAUCAAGGGAGUCUCAUUGAUUGAGCUGUUCACUCCAGAGCAAGUAGAGGAGCAUAUCCGUGGUCUUCGUCAGUGGGUAGGCCAGAGUAAAACCAAGGCAGAAAAGAAUAAAGCAAUGGGACUCACCAUGUCUGAAAACUCUUGCCAGUUAUGUGCUGUUGAGAGGCUUGCAUUUGAGCCAACACCUAUAUAUUGCACACCUUGUGGUGCACGGAUCAAGAGGAAUGCUAUGCACUAUACUGUUGUGUCUGGUGAGUCACGUCACUAUGUCUGCAUUCCUUGCUACAAUGAAGCGCGUACGAACACUGUUUCUGUUGAUGGAACUCCUGUGCCGAAGUCAAGGUUUGAGAAAAAGAAAAACGAUGAGGAGGUUGAAGAACCGUGGGUGCAAUGUGAUAAAUGUCAAGCGUGGCAGCAUCAAAUCUGUGCUUUGUUCAAUGGCCGUAGGAAUCAUGGGCAAGCCGAGUACACCUGCCCAAAUUGCUAUAUACAAGAGGUGGAACGAGGAGAAAGGAAGCCAGUAUCACCAAGUGUUAUUCUGGGGGCACAAAGUUUACCAGCCAGUACUCUUAGCAACCAUUUAGAACAGCGGUUGUUCAAGAAAUUGAAGCAGGAAAGACAGGAGAGGGCUAGGCUUCAAGGAAAAAGCUACGAUGAGGUUCCUGGAGCCGACUCACUUGUUAUCAGAGUUGUUGCAUCUAUCGACAAAAUGUUAGAAGUAAAGCCACGGUUCCUUGACAUUUUCCGAGAAGAGAAUUACUCAUCUGAGUUCCCUUAUAAGUCCAAGGCAGUUCUGCUGUUUCAGAAGAUUGAAGGUGUCGAAGUUUGCUUAUUUGGCAUGUACGUCCAAGAAUUUGGAACUGAUUCUGCGUCUCCCAAUCAGCGGCGUGUAUACCUUUCCUAUCUGGACUCGGUUAAAUACUUCAGACCUGACGUUAGAACUGUGUCUGGAGAGGCCCUCCGUACUUUUGUGUACCAUGAAAUUCUUAUUGGUUAUCUUGAUUACUGUAAGAAACGUGGGUUUUCAAGCUGCUAUAUAUGGGCAUGCCCUCCUCUUAAGGGUGAAGAUUACAUUCUAUACUGUCAUCCUGAAAUUCAGAAAACGCCAAAGACUGACAAACUAAGGGAAUGGUAUUUAGCAAUGCUAAGGAAAGCUUCCAAGGAAAAAGUGGUGGUUGAAUGUACAAACUUCUAUGAUCAUUUCUUCGUCCAGUCUGGUGAAUGUAGAGCUAAGGUAACAGCAGCAAGGUUACCAUAUUUUGAUGGGGAUUACUGGCCAGGCGCUGCUGAGGAUUUGAUAGAUCAAAUGAGCCAAGAGGAAGAUGGCAAGAAGUCAAAUAGAAAAGUAAUGUCCAAAAAGGUCAUAUCGAAAAGGGCUUUAAAAGCAGUAGGUCAGCUUGACCUUUCUGUUAAUGCCUCAAAGGAUCUCCUGCUAAUGCAUAAACUGGGUGAGAUCAUCCUCCCAAUGAAGGAAGAUUUCAUCAUGGUGCAUUUGCAACAUUGUUGUAAGCAUUGUUGCACUCUAAUGGUAUCUGGAUAUCGCUGGGUGUGCAACCAGUGCAAGAAUUUUCAGAUUUGUGACAAGUGUCAUGAAGUGGAAAAGAACCGUGUCGAAAAGGAGAAACAUCCUGUCAACCAGAGGGAGAAGCAUGCACUCUAUCCUAUUGCCAUUGAAGACGUUCCUACUGAAAUUAAGGACAGUGAUGACAUCCUUGAGAGCGAGUUCUUUGAUACUAGGCAAGCUUUCCUAAGUCUCUGCCAAGGAAACCACUAUCAAUACGACACGCUGAGGCGGGCAAAACACUCUUCUAUGAUGAUUUUGUAUCAUCUUCACAACCCAACCGUCCCUGCAUUUGCAACUGCAUGCGCCAUCUGCCAGCAAGACCUUGAACCUUCUCAAGGUUGGCGCUGUGAAGUUUGUCCUGAUUAUGAAGUUUGUAGCCCUUGCUACUCAAAGGGCAUUAACCAUCCACACAGCCUCAUUAGCCGUCCAGCUGCGAAUGAUUCUGUUGUCCCAACCUCACAAACUAAUCAGACUGCACAGUUAAGAGAACUGCUGCUACACAUGUUGUCAUGCUGCACCACACAGUGCCAGUAUCCAAGGUGUCGCGCGAUUAAGCUUCUGGUCAGGCAUGGUCUUGUAUGCAAGACCAAAGGCAAAGGAUGCAUCCAUUGUAAGAAAAUGUGGGCCAUCUUCCGUUUGCACGCUCGAAACUGCAGAGAUUCUCAAUGUAGAGUACCCAAAUGCAGAGACUUGAGAGCUCAUGAUAGUAGAAAGCAACAACAGGCAGAUUCAAGACGCAGAGCUGCUGUGAAGGAGAUGGUGCGGCAGAGAGCUGCUGAUGCAUCAGCCUCAACUUCUGACUGA